AUGUUAACUGAUGGAAGGAUUGUAGCCAUCAAGAAAUCAAAGGUGGUUAGUGAAAGCCAACUUAAACAGUUUAUUAACGAAGUGGUCAUUCUUUCACAAGUCAAUCAUAGAAAUGUGGUCAGACUACUUGGUUGUUGCCUAGAAACAGAGGUCCCGCUACUUGUCUCUGAGUUUAUCUCAAAUGGUACCUUGUAUGAAUUUAUUCAAGAUGAAACUAACGAGUUUGCAACUUCUUUAAAGAUGAGACUACAAAUUGCUAGAGAGGUUGCGGGAGCCCUUUCUUACUUACAUUCAUCAAGCUCCAUUCCAAUAUACCAUAGAGACAUUAAGACCACUAAUAUACUUUUGGAUGAAAAGUAUAAAGCAAAAAUUUCUGACUUUGGAACUUCAAGGUUCGUGUCAAUAGAUGAAACUCACUUAACUACAUUAGUCAAAGGGACAUUUGGUUACUUGGAUCCGGAGUACUUCCAGUCAAGCCAGUUUACUGAAAAGAGUGAUGUUUAUAGUUUUGGGGUUGUUUUACUAGAACUCUUGACAAGAGAAAAACCAAUUUCCUUAACUAGAUUUGGUGAUAAUAGAAGUUUAGCUACACACUUUGUGGUCGCCAUGGAAGAAGGACGUAUAUUGUCUAUUUUGGAUGAAAUGAAUGUUAAAGAGGGUUCAAUGAGUGAGUUGUUAUCAAUAGCAAACCUGGCAUUGUGA